AUGGUGUUCACUCCGACUCUCAAGUACAAUGUGAGCCCUUGGCUGUUGACGAUGACAAUUCUGCCUUUCGUCGCGCAGCCGAUUUGGUGCUUUGCGAUAUCGACAAGUUGGUCAAGUUGGAGCUCACACACCGGGAGCCAGGACCUGUUCGCGGCGACACUAUUUAUGCUGCCUUUGGGCAGCUUGCUCUCAGGGGCUUUUCUGGUCUAUCAAAGUUACAUGAAGGGCAGCGUGUGUCAAGUUUGCUUCCCGGCAUUCUUUCCGCACGUGGACCAUCCGCUGCACUUCUUAGAUCGGCGUCGCUGGUGCUGGACCCCUCUUGGUGGCAUCCUGCUUGCCUUCUUGGGGUUCCUCUGUGACGGUCCGCAGUUUGCCUUUAGCCUACUCCCUGGCACCCACAUACGGGAGGGUUCCUAUGACCAGCUGGCUGCCGCGUUCAAGACCAAGAGCGAUCGCCUCUUCGAAGUGGAAGGCCUGCUCGACCUCAGCCGCGUCACCAGCUCCACCUUCUGCACGUGUGACACCUGCCUGUCGGUACAUUGCCUGCCGCUUGCACCCCUCACGCAAGGAACGCAGGUGAAAAACAUCACAGAGGCGUCCUCACGCUUGUUGCGUGGGGCCGGAGGCGGCGGAGGCGGCGGAGGCGGUGGUGGAGGCUUUGGUGGCUCUCGUGACUCCGAGUCUAUCUGUGAUGAGACGUGUGUGUAUGCUGCUCCGAUAGUCCCGGUGCAGCGGGCCGACUGCCCAAUAGCGUUCGCGGUUCACAAAGACACGCCUCCAUUCUCCGCAGCUCAGCUGGUGUCUGGAACCGCAAACUACGGGUGGUGGGGCGGACCAUUCCAAGAAUACGCCUACCGCUCCGCAGUGGAUCGCCUCGCCUCCAAAGACAUUUGCGGGGAAAGGCCGCUGAUAUACACUCUGGACCCGCAAUCUGGUCGUUGGUGGUUUCUCUUCAUGGUUCUUCUGGCUCUGACUUGCUUGCCAUGCUCCUGGGCCCUUGCUGCCACUAUCCUGUGGAGCCGUGGGUGGAAUGACAAGUUCCCGGGCUUCCUGGACUAUGGGGCACAGCAUGAGCGACAUGAGGCUGCCGAGAAGUGGUUUCGCUCUGCCACCUUUGAUGGCCCAAUCAAGAUCUGUCUUUGUGAGGAGGUGGCAGACAAGGAAUCAAUCGCUGAGAAGACUGAGCCAAGCCUUGCUUCGUGGUUCGGGUUUUCUGCUACGUAUGACCAAGUCCCAGCAGUCCAAGAGCGUGAGCAUGAGCUGCGUGGGUUUUAUGGCACGUCGCUGUUGCUACACCUGCGGCGAUGCGUCGCGGAGCACUUGCGACUGGAUCUCAAGUGCAUCGGCCUUAGACGUGGCCAAAGCGUGCUGGCGAUCGAGUCCGAUUUCCGGACGCUGGACGAGUUGGAGAUCACGAGCGGCACUCGCAUCUCAGCAUUUCACAUGUCCGACCGGGCCACUGGUCUCGCCAUGGCGGAGAAGCCUCCCCGGCCACUUCGAAGAGAGCGCCUUCGACAUGUGCGAAGGACAUCAGGAUGUCGCACGGGUGCGGCAAUGCUACCACAUCGAGCGGGGUGA